AUGAUCGGGGCAGGGGCGGCCCGUUCCCCCGCCCUGCCCUUCACCGGGCCCCUCGGAGCGCGACCCAGCGGGGACCGGCACGAAUCCCAGCCCGAGCGCCCGCCCGCCGCUCCUCCCGCCGCGCACGAUAAGGGCGGACGGGACCGUGACCCCGGCCCUGGCUCCGGGGGGACGCGUGUCCCCGCGAGCCCCGGGGCGGUGCCCGGUGCCGGUGCCCGGCGGCGCGCGCCCGCCCGGGGGGCGGCGGAGCGGCCGCCACGUGGGAGCGGCGCGCGCGGCGGCGGCGGCGCGAGGCCCCGCCCGGGGGCGGGCGCUGCGCGCCGCGGGUGGAGGCACCCGGGCCGGGCGCGCGCGACCCGCGCCGCCGCGGCGCCGUUCGGAGCGGCGAACAAAGAGACCCCCGCCCGCGCGGCCCCGUUCCGCGGGCGGCCGGGGGAGGGGCCGGCCCCGCGCCUCCCCCGCGCGGCCCCCCCGCUCCCCGUUCCUCCCCCACCCGCCGGGGCGGCGCUCCCCGCUCGCCGUGGGGUGCGUGGAACGGCGCCCGUCCCCGCCAGCGGCGGCGGCGAGACUUACCUCUGCUCCGCGCGGGGCCACGGCAGCCCCGGGGCGGCGGGGGCGGCUGGAGCGGCCGCCGCUGGAGCCCGCGCUUCCCCCCCGCUCUUUGUGUGCGAGGGUCCGCGCGCUGCGCUCUCGCGUGACGUGACGGGACCGUGUGUCAUUUCCGCACAAGGACACCGAGCCCCGACCCGCCGCGGCCAGCGCCACCCGCCGCCCCGGGGCAGGGGCAGGGGAGGGAGGGAGCGGGGGUGGGGGGGGAGAGCGGCCCGCUCCUCCCCCGUCCCCUGGCUCCCCACCCCCCGCCCUCCCCGCCGCUGCCACUGGGAACGCGCGCGGUUCCCACUGGAGACCCCGCGCGCCCCCGCGCCGCGCGCGCCCCGCCGCCCACUCGGUGCCGCGCGGGCAGAGGCCCCGCCGCCGGGGGGCCGCGCGCCCGCCCCGCGACACGCCUUCCCCGGGACCCCGCGCCCGCACGUGGGGCCGCCGCCGCUCGGGGACACGGCCCCGCGUGACGGGGCCGGGAGCCGGCGGGGCCGGGGCGCGCUCGCUGCCGGCGGCCGCCGCCGCAUGGCAAAGGCGCUCCCCCCCUCCGCGCUCCCCGGCCGCGCCGCUCCGCGCGGUCUCGCGUGGACCCCGCGCCCCGCGGAGUCAGGCGGCGGGCCGCGCACGUGCGCGCGCGGGGGGGGCGCGUGCCCACGGCAGGUGGCGGAGAGCACGUGGCCGCGCGCGGGCACACGGUCCCGCGUCCCCCCCGCGCGCCUUCCCAACACCCACCCGCCACUCGCGUCCCGCCGCCGCCAGGCUGCGACAAAUCCGGGGGGAUCCGGCUCAUCCCCGGCCUCGCCGGCGGAGGGACCGCCCGGCAGCUCCCCUGACCCCGGCCGCGGGCGCACCGGUCCCGUAAAUCCGUCCCCACGCCGGCGUGCCCGCGGCUCGCUCUCUCCGGGCGGUUUGAGCGGGUUUCUCGUGACACCUGGAUCUUCACGCCCUUCCAUCCAUCCCUCCCUCCCUGUAUCCCUCCCUCUGGCAGGAAAACCACCGGCCUCCGCCCUGGCGCCGUCCCCGCUGGUGCCCAAUCAAUACCGACUUAUUUCCUGUCCAUUUGCUGAGGUCACGGAAACGGGACUCAUUAAUUAUUUCUACCGGUGCAGCCUCAAGUGCGCUUCUGGCACGACAAGUGAAAACCGUCUGUGA